AGCAAAAAAUCGACCUUAUAUUUCCUAGGGUUCACUUCAGAUACAAUCCACACCAAUUUAUAGCAAAAGUGUUUUUUAAGAUUUUUAAGUCAUUAAUAAAUGCGAAUAAUCGGAGAAAUUUUUAUCAUGAAAAAGGGAAAAAUUCCGAAAAAGAGCAGUUGCAGCAAAACGAUGGGACUGCUCAGAUAGCUUGUCUACCACUCUUAUCGAUUUUGAACUAUUGCAUAACAAAUCAAUAAUUAGACUAUACAGUAUUGGGUGCCUAUUUAAAAUUUCGUGUUAGGCGCCUAUUUAAAAUUCUCGCUUUUUGCUUUUUUAGGCCUCAGACAAUUUUUUAGUAUGGAAAAAGUACGCGAGUAGUUGAAAUGACUCAAUGUCACCUUUGCCCAUAAAAGGUCGGCGGUUAUGAAACGCAGAUUUGCCAUCCGAAAAAAAAACGUAGAAAAUCAUUUUGAAAAAUCAAAUGCUCGUUUGUGCUUUUCUGUAAGAAGCCGAGUGUUCCGUACUAUUUCCUCUUUCUUGUGUGGUAUAAAUUAUUUUAUUUCAAUCACAAGAGUUUUUAAAUUUAGUAACACUAAACAAUUUGCGAUAAAACUUGUGUUUUAUGCAAAAAGUUAUUUCUGAAAAAUAAGAAAAAGAAGGUAUGAUGCUCUUAAGUGCACUCGUUUCUAUAAUUUUGCGGAAAUUGCAACUGCGCUUCCCUUGAAAUGCCAAGUACCGUUCCACCGUUACAACGAUCUCAGUUUGUGGGCUGAAAAUUCCCCAAUUGUAAUUUGAAUUAACCCCAACUUAAGCCCGAGCUACGCAUUAAUCCCCCAGUUUUAUAAUAGCAUUGGCACGGGGAUCGUUGAAAGGGUACAGAAUCACCGACGGAGUGAAUGAAAGCUAAAUUAUUCCUGUUUUGGUUACAGAAAGUGAGUAUUUUAAACGAUGUGACACACUUUUUGAUUAGUUCAUCUAUCGCAGCGUGAAAAUUGAAAAUUGACCCCAGAUCUUGCGUAAAUUUUUAUCAAUACAUUCCUGGUUCGGUCUUGCUUUUUAUAAUUGCCCUUUUAUACCUUACUAAUGAUACUCGCCAGAAGCGCUUCUUUUACUUUAGUUUCCCUCGCCGUCUAUAUAUAUGCAGACCAAGCUCUCUCUUAAUUUGAGAGCAAUCUAUAAUUAACUUUCUGAAAUACCACCUCCGCACGAUAGAAGCAGAUUCAAAUCUGACUCGAUAUUUUGUCUUUAUUCGGCACGUUCGUCAGCAUCAUCGUCAUGGCUAGCUUCAUUCGGAAAGCCUCUCUCAAACUAGACAAACGACUUCGACUGGAGCGAACUAGUUCUGGACACAACGUCGAAGCGGCUAAGAAGGGCUUAGAGGAGGGCUGUCUGCGUCUAAGUGAGGCCAUCUCGUUCGAACAGUUCUACGACAUCAUCUCUGACACACUCCGCCUCAUUUUAGACAACGUCUCGGAGGUGUUGGUGUUCUGUCAUGACGCAUCCAUUGACAAACUGGUCUCUACCGGGUCUGUCAACCACCCUCUGCCUGGAUAUGGCAUCUGCAAACAGACGAAGGACCUUGGCCUGCGCAAGGUCUUCCGCAUCUUGGACGCUCAUGACCCCCUCUGUCAGCUGCUGUCCCUGUCCAACCACUUCAUCCUGCCCGAGGGCAACAAAGUGCUCUGCUCCCCCAUCCAGGACAGACACACGAAGAAGACCAUCCUGUUCCUCGUGGUCAUUUGCAACGAACUCACCCAUGACUCUAAGGAGAAUCUGGACUACCUCGAAAAACACAUAGCUGCUACAUGGUACAGACUAAACCAGCUGCAGACACCUUCAGUGGUGGCAAGCACCAGCUCCGAGUUGGACUACGAGAGCAAGAAGAUCCUGAAACUGUGCGGGGAGUUGUACGACAGAGACGGGGAGCGACUACAGCAGAAACUACUGCACUUCCUGCAGGAACAGCUGGACUGUCAGCAUUGCAUCCUGUUCUUCGUGGGGGAGGACAAUUCUAUCUUCUCCCACGUUACACUACCAAACAGGCCCAAGUGUGAAUUGUUCUUCCCAAUAUCGACGAACAGUUUUGGAACUGCUAUUCACAAGAAGUGUCCAGUUGUCCUCUCUGACAUCACAGCCGUUGAGCGUGAACAGCUGGAGAAGUGUUUUGGAGUGGAGCUACACAACAUGUUGUGCAUGCCGGUGGAGAGUCGGAGUGACCAGAGCCACGUGAUCGCACUCUUCUGCGCCUUCAACAAGAGGAGACCAGCCGCUUCUGCUGCAGACAGUUCUAACACAAACACACCUACCAACACCAUCACACAAAACAACAAUUACAGUAGUAGUAGCAGUGUGCCACACACAGGAACGACAUCAUCCGUCACUUCAGCAACAGGUUCAGCUGCUGUAGGAAGUGGCGCCUCUCAGACGGUGGCGUUUGCUGAUUUCGACGCGAUGGACGAGAUCAAAGCACACAACACCUUCAGAUACACGACCACAGUGCUGACCAGCACCAUCGCCUACCAGAAAGAGAAGCGACUCAAGACCCAGACGGAGACCAUGCUCAACGUGGCCAAGAACCUAUUCUCACAACUAGAGGACAUGACGGAAUUGCUGAAGUUGGUGAUGCAAGAGGCGCGCAAUCUAUGCAAUGCUGAAAGGUGCUCGUUGUUUCUGGUGAAUGAGAACAGACAGCAGUUGGUGGCCAAAGUGUUUGACGGGGGAGAGGCGACCAAUGAGAUCCGCAUCCCUAUCGACAAGGGUAUCGCGGGUCAGGUGGCAACCACAGGUGAGAUUCUGAAUAUCAAGGACGCGUACGAGCACCCGCUGUUCUUCACGGGUGUGGACCAGAAGACGGGCUUCCGCACCCGCGCCAUCCUCUGCUUCCCAAUCAUAGACGGCGACCAGGUGAUCGGGGUGGCCGAACUGUGCAACAAAAUAGCCGGCAACUCCUUCUCCACCGAGGACGUCGAGGUCGCCAAGGCAUUCUCCAUCUACUGUGCAAUUGCUAUCGCCCACUCUUUGCUUUACCGGAAAGUGCAGCAGGCGCAGAAGAAGAUCCUGCUGACGAAUGAGUUGAUGCUGUACCACAUGAAGAACCUGUCUGUGGACGAAGUGACUGCACUGCUGAGCGAGGAGAGGGAGAAUGUGUGUGAGAAGUGGCCCGGCAUAGACUCCUUCCUGUUCAAUGCCCGCCUCACGAUUCCAUACUGCGAGACAGUGCGAUGUGUGCUCAACAUGUUCCACGAACUGGGAUUCAUUUCCAGGUGGCAUCUGGACAUGGAUACUCUGGUGCAGUUCAGUCUGACAGUGAAACAGGGCUAUCGGGAGGGCGUCUCCUACCACAAUUGGUGGCAUGCAUUCUCAGUCGCACACUUCUUCUACCUUAUCUGCAAAAACUCAAAACACAGUGUUGCCAAUCAACUCAGUGACCUGGAGACGUUUGUGACGUUCAUUGCAUGUCUGUGUCAUGACAUCGACCACAGAGGCACCAAUAACUCCUUCGAAAUCAACUCGAAAAGCACGCUAGCUUCUCUGUACAGCUCACAGGGCUCGGUGAUGGAGAGACACCACUUCGCCCAGACAGUGGCCAUUCUCAAUAGUGGCAGCUGCAACAUAUUCUCCUCCCUUCCUGACAACCAGUUCAAAGGAGCCCUCGACAUCCUGCAGAACAACAUCCUCGCUACCGACCUCGCCCACCAUUUCAAGAUCAUGGGCAAACUGAAGGAGAUGGCCAUUCAUGGGUAUAAAGUGGACGACGACAAACACCACGAGAUGCUGCUAUGCCUCAUCAUGACCUCGUGUGACCUGUCAGAUCAGACCAAAGACUGGAACAAUCUCAUCGAAGUCGCAGAGAGUCUGUACGAGGAGUUUUUCAACCAGGGAGACCUGGAGAGGGAGAUGGGAGCUCAGCCGAAUGAGAUGAUGGACAGGCACAGGGCACACAUCCCAGAACAGCAGAUCAGCUUCCUCGACAACGUCGCAAUACCCACCUUCCAAUUGCUGAGUGACUUUUUGCCUGAGACUCAAGAGGCUCUGGAUGAAGUGCACUUGAACAGGCGUAGGUGGGAUGUUGUGAAGAGCGAGGUGGGAGACAGGAACAUCAUGGUCAAAGGCAAACUGGACAUCAAACACCUGGACGUAGACCGACUCCUAAGAGAGAAAGAGAGCGAGGCGGCGAACAACAGCAGUCCAGAUACACACAACGCAGUAGACACACACUCUGGCUCAGAAUCACACAACUCAACUUCGAACCAAAAUAACAACAACACAUCUCAAAACUGUGUGGCCAACUCGAAACAUUGACAACCGCAGAAUAAUUUAAGCGUUUUUCUAUCCUAUCGAAGUGGAAGGAAGAUUUGUUAUAGGGAGGUUUUAAGUGAAAAUGUGAUUGUUUUUGGAGGAAACAGAGAGAAAAAAGGACGAAGGAUCUCUUAGAAUCAUUCAGUCAAUAGUCGUCUUCUUCUGUCGUCUCUAUGUUACUCUAUUUCUUUAUCUGCUAAAUACCCAGUAGAGAUGUGUAUCGUUUGGCUACUGUAGCCAAUUUCCAUUUUGAUUGAACUACAAUUUACUAUCUCACUUUCAGUAUCCCAGCAAAACAAUUUAGCAAUCAGAACAACCUUAGACAAGCUAUGUUAUUUUGGAAAUCUUGCUGCAGAAAACAACAAAAGAGAAUGCUGUCGAAUGGUACUUCAGUAUUGUUUGGAUACCUGUGUCAGAACUGGCAGUUUUUCUCUGAUUACCAUUAUAUGCUGUCUGCAAUGCGGUGUGUGUGUAAAUAGGAAUUGUUAUUCUGCAAUGUGAAUUUGCAGAUGAGACGAAGAAAUAGUCAUAUUCAUUCGCUGGCCGAAAAGGAAGAAGCUACAUGUAUAUCAACAUAAACUGUCUACCAAGGGAUUAAAGAGUUGAAAAACAAAACAAUUUUUUAGAUGAUUUAUUUUUUAAGAAGGUAUCAGAUAAUAAUGUUGUAAUUUCCGCAAUGUAUAUUUCCAGGAGAAACAAAUUAAAAAGUGUAAUUUGCGUUUGAUUGUUCUUCUGUUUUCAUGUAAAAAUUAGUCUUCACAUAAAACUGAAAACAAUUAAUAAACGAAGGUGCAGAAUUAUGUAAUAAAGAAGUAAAAUUAACUGUAUUUAGCUGUUCUAACUAAACAGGGUCGUAUAGCUCACAUGAAUCAGUUAGUUUUGCAGAUUAAUGCGACUCUGUUUGUUUUAGU